GGACUGCACCUCGUCACAGUGCACCUGGCGUGACGUCGAUAUGCCGAUUUUCCAUAGGCGUCCGAUGACUCUCUAAAUCACCAGGACGACGCGUGGGGAAGCGACAAAAUGCACAGCCUGAUCCGGCACCAGCGUCGGCACUCUUGUUUCUGCGCCGGGCCCACGUCGCCUGCAUAGACGAGGCAAGACUGAUUCUGGUCCAGCUGGCGGGCACCAUCUUGGAAUUAUCACUGAUUUUGGUCCGCCACGUUGGGUGCCACUUGCGAAUUUGCCUUUUGAAGCCCACGAUGGCCGCCUUGACCCCGACCGCGCGCGAGAACAGCAGCCAGCAAGACGAAGCCCACAGCUUCCGCGGCCACUGCCUCUACAAGACUGGCAAGUGCAAGAACGAGCGCGCGCUCAAGACGAACGGCCAAGCCCACAACCUCUGCGACGAACACCGCGCAAAACAGAACCAAAACCAGCGCAAAAUGGACUCCAAGAUGCGCCAGAAACGCCACUACUCGCCGUACGAGUCGCCGCAGAGCGCCCACAGCUACGACGAGCCGCUCCCGUACCCACCGUCGUCGAUGCCGCCCAUGAAUGGGCCGUACCCGGCCUACCCGACCAUGAUGUACCCGCCCGCGUAUGGCUACUACGAGAACCGACAAGGGUACGCUCAUGUGCACCACCCGCCGAUGCCAGACGUCGGCGACCAGAUCACGGUGCCGACGCCGUCGUAUCUCAAGGGCGAAGCGCGGGAAGCGUUCCGGUCCCGCGUGCUCCAGAAGCUCGUCAACAUCAUCUCGGAGGAAGUGACGGCGAUUCCGCCGCCACCAUCCAUGUACAGCGCGCAUACCAGUGUCUAUGAAGACGGCCUCCCGCCCCAGCGUCUGCCAUCGCUGGCGUCGCGCAUCUCGCGGCACAGCGUCCCGUCGCCCGAGGCCAAGCCGUGAAGCAUUGGUCGGCCUUAUUAAUUUAUUUUGUUUUGUCUCGAUGGA